CGGAUGCCUUCUCCCCGGCGGCCGGGGCGAGUAAGCCGGUCGGAAGGCGCUGCCCGGGCAGACCCGCGGAGCGGCCAUGCAGCGGUGCCCACCUCGCGCCCCCGGGCUGCUGCUGGCGCUGCUGGCGCUGGCGGCGCAGGCCCCCGCCCAGCUGCGACCCGCGCUGUGGCCCAUGCCGCGCUCGGUGGAAAUGUUCCCGCGGCUGCUGUACAUCUCCGCGGAGAACUUCCACAUCGUCCACGACGCCAAUUCCACCGCGGGCCCCUCCUGCUCGCUGCUGCAGGAGGCGUUUCGGCGAUAUUACAAGUAUGCUUUUGACUUAUCUAAGAGGCGUCAUGGCCCUGCUAAAUUCCAAGGUGGACCACAGUUACAGCAGCUUCAGGUCUCAAUUACCCUUGAGUCACAGUGUGACGCCUUCCCCAGCUUGUCUUCCGAUGAGUCCUAUACUCUGCUUGUCAAAGAACCUGUAGCUCUCCUCAAGGCCAACAGAGUAUGGGGAGCAUUACGAGGUUUGGAGACGUUUAGCCAGUUAAUUUACCAAGACUUGUAUGGGGCUUUCACCAUCAACGAAUCCAGCAUCACUGAUUCCCCGAGGUUUGCUCAUAGAGGAAUUUUAAUUGAUACAUCCAGACACUACCUGCCUGUGAAGACAAUUUUAAAAACCCUGGAUGCCAUGGCUUUUAAUAAGUUUAAUGUUCUUCACUGGCACAUAGUGGACGACGAGUCUUUCCCCUAUCAGAGCACCGCUUUUCCUCUGCUAAGCUUUAGAGGAAGCUAUUCUUUGUCUCAUGUCUACACACCAAAAGAUGUCCAGACAGUGAUUGAAUAUGCCCGGUUCCGAGGGAUUAGAGUUUUACCAGAGUUUGAUACCCCUGGACAUUCACAGUCUUGGGGAAAAGGUCAGAAAGACCUUCUAACUACAUGUUACAGUAAAAGAGGUCAAACAGAGAGGUUUGGACCUGUAAACCCAACCCUAAAUACAACAUACACAUUCUUUGCCACAUUUUUCAAAGAAAUCAGCACUGUGUUUCCAGAUGAGUUCAUUCACUUGGGCGGAGAUGAGGUGAAAUUUGAAUGCUGGGCAUCAAAUCCAAACAUCCAAACUUUCAUGAAGAAAAAAGGCUUUGGCAACGAUUUCAGAAGACUAGAAUCAUUUUAUAUUCAAAAGAUUUUGGAUAUUACUGCAUCCUUAAAUAAGGGCUCCAUUGUUUGGCAAGAGGUUUUUGAAAAUAGAGUGAAGCUUCAGCCGAACACAGUAGUUGAAGUGUGGAAGAGUGAAGAUUAUUUAGAAAUGCUAAACCAAGUCACAGCAAAAGGCUUCCCUGCAGUCCUUUCUGCUCCUUGGUACUUGGACCUGAUUAGCUACGGGCAGGACUGGAGAAGGUACUACGCCGAAGAGCCUCUUAAAUUUGAUGGUUCUGAGAAGCAGAAACGUCUAGUCAUUGGUGGAGAGGCUUGCCUAUGGGGAGAAUAUGUGGAUGCAACUAACCUUACUCCAAGGUUGUGGCCUCGGGCAAGUGCCGUUGGUGAGAGACUGUGGAGUCCUAAAACUGUCACUGAUCUACAGAACGCCUACAGCAGAUUGGCAAUACACCGCUGCAGAAUGGUCAGCCGUGGAAUAGCUGCACAACCUCUUUUUACUGGACACUGUAACUGAGAAUAAAAUGGAAAAGUGACAGAAAACUCUACAGCAUUCUGAACUAUACUCAUGUUGAUUUUGAAAUCAUGUAAAUUAAGAUUUGUUAGGCUGUUUUUUAAACAAACCAUCUUUUUAUUGAUUGAAUCUCUAUGUGUAUCACACAUGAAUACUGGCAUCUUCUAUGUGAACAGCUUAAAAAAUAAAAGGAAAAGCUUUGUGAUA